ACUUCUUUCGUGAAAUGGACUUCUACAUUACAUUUUGUGUGUGAUUUAAAUUUUUGAUAUAAAAAUAAGUCUGAUCUGAGUUUAGAGUUUUGGGAAAAUAAUUGUCUCUGCAACAUCAUGCUUGGUUUUUCUAACGCUGGAAUUCCUGAUAAAUCAUGGCAGCCGCCCGUUGCUGUGUUAGAAACAACUAUGGGCCCGGUGGUUGUGGAGAUGUACUGGAAGCACGCACCAAUAACAUGUCGAAAUUUUAUGGAAUUGGUUCGCCGCGGUUACUACAACAAUACGAAAUUCCACAGAGUCAUAAGGGAUUUUAUGAUACAAGGAGGUGAUCCUACUGGUACGGGGAAGGGCGGCCAAUCUAUAUAUGGACCGACGUUUGAUGAUGAAAUAGCAUCAGACUUGAAGCACACAGGAGCUGGAGUGUUGUCAAUGGCAAAUGCUGGACCCGACUCUAAUGGGUCUCAGUUCUUUAUCACGUUAGCUCCUACGCAGUGGCUUGACGGAAAGCACGCAAUCUUUGGUAGAGUCCAGUCUGGGAUGGCUGUAGUGAAGAGAAUAGGUUUAGUUGAGUGUGACAAAAAUGAUUGCCCAGUUGAUGAUGUCAAAAUAGAAAAGGCAUACAUCCCUAAAUAGAAGGAACUUCUUUCAAAGUUUGGACUUCAGUAUUUAGUGCUAGACUAAGUUAAUCUCAUGUUUCUGCAGUGUGUGAUACACUACUAUUAUUUACUUAAUAAAACACAAUUUAAAGGUAACCAAUUUUUAUCUGUGUAAAGGACAAUGGCCCAAAAUGUAUUGAGCGAAAACCCAGAAUCAAUUAAAAUACUGUAAAUGUGGCAUAGUAAAAUAUAGGUAGGUACUACAUGAUUAAUCCAAAAAGAUCUAAUCCAGUUUAUCAUAGUCUCACAUUGUAUGAUCUUUCUGCAAAUAUAACCGUUAUAUUGAUCUUAACAAAAUCACAUUGUGAUAUGAUAAUCUUGGAAAAUAUUAUAGGUAUAGGUUAUUGGUUGGGCAUUGCUUGUAAUUUUCGUAAACGAAAUUCUUCCAGGAAUUCUUCACCAUUUUCAUUAGUACUAUGAAUCAAAUAGAACAUAAAACUGAAAACAAUGCCAGUUAUUCAUGUGCCCUGCCAUACAAAAUUCUAAUAAGCUGCAGUCUGCUGCAAUCAAUUAUUGUAUUUGCGAUCUUUUACUUAUGGUCUAUUUUCUCUAUUUACAACAAUGAGAUGUUACAUGUGAUAUACAUAAUAUGCUGUACAUAAUAAUUAUAUUGGAUAUCCGAGUUGUGCUAAUUGCUAAUACAAUAACUGAAAUUGUAAAUUAAUGUUUAAAUAUAAAUGCAUGCUUUUUCUGAACUUAACAAUUAUUUACACACCAUUUAAAUAAAUAGCAUGUUAAUUGUUUGUAUCAGUGUAUUGCAUAGUUCAGAUUUUUAUUGUGUAAAGUAACUAAAAGGAGAAGUGAACAAUAUUUUGUUGAAUGUACUGUGCUAUAAAAAUCUUAUCAUGGUGACUUUGUAACGCUGUUGAAGUAAAAUUGUAUUUCAGAAGUUGGGAGUACCAUUUUUAUA